UACCUUCUUAUCUAUGGGCUAUGGCGAUCGCAUGUAGUGCCUAAACAAGAAGAAACCAUGAGCUUGUCUCUCAUUCAAGGCUAUUCUUCCGCCGAAGAAGAGGAAGAACCACUGUCGGACGAUUACCGAGUCUCUUCUGACGACGACGAUGAAGGCGAUGAUUCCCCCGCCGUCGCCGGCGGCCGUUCGCUUUCCUACAAAUCAGUCUUUGACCAAUCUGCUCCGUCCAAUGGAUCAUCCGGCCUUCCCUCUGCGCUCGACGCCUUCUCCGAAAUUUCAGGUCCUCCAAAGUUUCUUAAUAAUUGCGUGGAAGAGCAGGCUAGUGCAAGAGACGUUGAGAACCAGCUAGGGAAGCACGGACGGUGGAGGAAUAGGAAGGAGAAGAAAGACUUACCUGCUGGUGUUGUUGUGGAGGCCAAAGCUCAACUUGUUGGAAUUCAUGAGCGAGUAAGAAGUGAUAUUGAGGCUAACCAACCUCCAACAUCAUCAGCUCCAAGCACAACACAGGACGGAGGAAAACGAGUGCCAACCGUGACCAAUCCCAAUGCAGAAGAUGCUGCAGAACUACUGAGGAUGUGCUUGCAAUGUGGAAUACCCAAGACCUACUCCAGUGCACGUGGAAUGGUCUGUCCGGUUUGUGGCGAUAGGCCACCCAACGACACAAGCAAAGAGCCCAAGAAGAAGGGGUCGACGAUCAAAGAUAAAGAAAAAAGCAAGCGGAUGAAGGGACAAUCAUCUCAUGCUACAUGGAAAAGUGAAACAGAGAUGCAACUCAGACAACAAUUUGAUUAGCAUAAUUAAGAGAACGCCCCUUUUGCCCUUCUGCCAGCUUGGGACAUUUUUAUGUUUAAGAUCAUGGAGGAAAAAUGUGUAAUCAAACAUGGGUAAAUGCAGUAACCAGCAAUCAAGUAGCAAAUCCAUCUAAAUUGGUGAGUUUGCUAUCUGGGAUC